AUAUCCUUAAGCAUGCCGACAAGUGACCGACUCAAUGCACCCUCUCCGGCAAGGCUCAUGCCUACUACUAUGCUCCCUUCAAUCUCCAGCAUGGCCCGGUAAAACAAUUCGUCCAGGCCUCGUACGAUAUAAUUCCUCUUUCCCCUCCUACCAAUUCGCCCAGCUCGCUAGCCGUGAAUCCUCGAAGCAUCAGAUAUAUCAGUCCCUCUCAACAGACCCGUACGUAAACCUAUCAAUUGAGCAUUUCCUACUAGAAAAUGCCCCGCCAGACUCAAACAUCCUCUUCUUAUACACCAACCAGUCCUGCGUCGUGAUUGGCCGCAACCAAAAUCCAUGGCUUGAGACCAACCUUCUCGCCCUUCAGAAUGACCGCGAACCAAACACUCAAGGAAAUUACGCCGACGGCGCACUCUUCGUGCGCCGCAGAUCAGGCGGAGGUGCCGUCUAUCACGAUGAAGGUAACCUAAACUACAGCGUGAUAUCCCCGCGGACAACAUUCACCCGAAACAAACACGCAGAGAUGGUAGUGCGGGCACUGCGCCGCGUUGGAGCAACGACCACAAGCGUCAACGAUCGCCACGAUAUCGUCAUAUCCACCGGACAGUCGCAGCCUCGGAAGAUCUCCGGUUCGGCCUUCAAGUUAACCAGACACCGCGCCCUUCACCACGGGACCUGUCUGCUUGAUUCUCCCAAUGUCCACCGGUUGGGCUCGUUCCUGCGGUCGCCGGCUCGGGAAUACAUUAAAGCUAAGGGUGUUGAGAGCGUUCGGUCACCGGUGGCGAAUGUGUCGUCUGUAUUUGUGGACGCUAUGAUGCCCUUUUCUAUUGAUCGGGUCAUUGCUAGUAUUGUCGAGGAAUUUGCCCUGAUGUACCAGGUUGACGCCGAUGCGGUCCGUCGGGCGAAGCGCGCUCAUGUCCUUGAGCCGGAGUUAUAUGCUGGUGAUACCUGGGUUGCGGGUGGCGUCGGGGAAGCCCAAGGUUAUGGGGAACCUGAGGUUAAGAAAGGCAUUGAUGAGUUGACGUCCCUAGAGUGGAAAUACACCCAAACUCCACAGUUCACCUUCUCCACUUACCCAGUUGAAGGCGAUCGUCGAGAAAGGCCGCUUUUACCGUCCACUUUGCCCCAUUCUACACGUGUAUUCCUCCGCCUGAAACAUGGCGCUGUCAUCGAAAGCCAUAUCUCGACCUCCGAAGAUACAUCUGUAGCUUCCGAGCAAGCCGCGCGCAUGCACGAGGCUUUGAAUGGUCGUAAGCUUCACGAGCUCUCCCUCUCUCAGUGGCGUGAGAUCUUGCUGGGUCAACUUGGGGGUGGGGUAGAGGGAAAUACUUUACAAGAGCUUGCUAAGUUUAUUGGGGGUAAGCUUGGCUUGGACACUAGCUCAUGAUGCUUUUUAUGAUUGCUAUAUUAAUGUAUUAUACAAAUCUUUGUACAUUAUAACUGUGACUACUAUGGACAGUGUUUUCC